GGCGCACUACAAGCACUCUCUUACGUAGACAUCCACCAAGGAGAGAGCCGAUACAACAACACGGUUGAUCUGCUCAAACACAAAAAUCUACCUGCUUUCUGAAUCAUGUCGUUGAGCCCAAAGCAUACUACGCCUUUUUCAGUGACAGAUAUUUUGAGUCCAAUCGAGGAGACCUACAAGAAGUUUAGUGGCAUGGACGGCGCAGGGAACCUAACCUCUCCACUGGGAGCCUACCGACAGCCUCAGGUGUCUCAGACCGGCAUGCAACAACACUCCAUGGGCCACAACGCCACCGUGGCCACCACUUACCACAUGCCGCACUCCGUCUCCCAGUUCUCCCACAGCGCAAUGGGGGGAUACUGCAAUGGAAGCAUUGGCAACAUGGGAGACCUCCCGUCGUACCAGGAAAGCAUGCGGAAUAGUGCAGCAGCAACAGGGUGGUACAGCACCAACCCGGACCCAAGAUACUCCACAAUUUCUAGAUUCAUGGGACCUUCCACAGGUAUGAACAUGACCGGCAUGGGGGGUCUCACAGGAAUGCCGGACGCCACCAAAUCCAUGCCAGCUCUCCACGCGGCGCCCAGGAGGAAACGGCGCGUGCUGUUCUCACAGGCUCAGGUCUACGAGCUGGAGAGGAGAUUUAAGCAGCAGAAGUACCUGUCCGCGCCUGAGAGGGAGCACCUUGCCAGCAUGAUUCACCUGACACCGACCCAGGUGAAGAUUUGGUUUCAGAACCACCGAUACAAAAUGAAGCGCCAGGCCAAGGACAAGGCGGCGCAGCAGCUGCAGCAACAGGACGGUAACCUGUGCCAACAGCAGGCGCAGUCCCCGAGGCGCGUAGCCGUGCCAGUUCUGGUGAAGGACGGUAAACCGUGCCAGAACGGCUCGAACACGCCGACGCCGAAUCAGCAACAGGUACAACAGAGCCAACAACAAGGCCAACAACAGAACGGGGCCGGAGUCGUGCUCGCAUCCCCGACAAGCAGUCUCAGCCAGCAUCAGAGCCAGCAGCAGGUGAACGCUCUGGAGCUGGAGGAGAUGUCACCAAGCCCCCCUUCACUGCACAGCCAGCUCAACAUGGCCCAGAUAGACACAUCUGCUGUAGAUUACACCAGUAACAUGGUCAGCUCAAACCUCCUGUACGGAAGAACGUGGUAGGACUCCAUAAAGUACUCUUACUUUUCUAUAUGAUCCUGCAGAUGAGCCCAAGCAACAGCAAAACAAACUUUAUAUAUAUACAUAUAUAUAUAUAUAUAUAUAUAUAUAUAUAUAUAUAUAAAGUUCACACCACAAACGCAAAUGCUGAGACUAUGGCCUUUGGUGUUGGAGGCACGGGGCUACGGGGCGCACAGACUGACGCGCACCAGCUGAUCAGGGCACAUUUUCUUGACAUCUCUGACAGGGGAGUCUAUUUUUGAACAUUACAGAAAUGGCUGUCCUUGAGCAAUUAUGUCGUUUCUGGACCUUUUGUAAUCCAUGUUUUGGACCUUCCUCAUGAUGUUUUAAACGUAGUCUAUGUUGUUGAAACAAAAAGGAAUGCUGCUUCACUUGAGUGCGGACUGGGGGGAGAUGGGAUCAGGUUUGGAGUACACUGAGCCACCACUCCUUAUUUGCGGUGAUAACCUGGUAUUUUAUCAUAUUAAUAUUGUAAACUAAUGUAUUCAUUUAGACUUAAGAAAUAAAGUAGGGACUUGUAUAUUUGGCUAACAUACAAGAAUGCGUUUAAAUGUAUAAUAAUCGUUAUUGCGUCCACUUUUAUGUUUUCUUUAUUCUUUUGUAAGUUAAAAAGGAACAAUGCGUGAUGGCUGCUGUAUAUAUUUCAAAACCAAGUGAACGUUAACAAUAAAUAACUUGAAGUGUGAGAGC